GUAGUAUCUCUAAAUGUAUAAAUAAACAAAUGAAUAAAUAUAUAGAAUGUAAUUUUGUGGCGAUCUAUGUGGAAGCUCAUCUAACCUUAGAUUCUGUUAUCUAAUGACGAAAUGACGGUGCAUAAGAAUAAAUAAGCAAGUUACUCGCUAUCCCGCUAGCUACCAAGGCUGUUCAUUCCAGCAUCUGUUCCAGGUAUUUUCUUGUGAUCUGCUGGAUUAGCAAAUGCCUCAUAUGUUGUUAUGACUGGAUCAGCACGCAACUCCGUCCAGCUGCCUUUGAAACCCACGAAGUAAAGACGUGACGUAUCAUCUCCAAAGUUCUCAGGGAAGAAGAGCGUCAGAUUCUUUACUGAGUUGAAUUUUGAUAUUUUAAUUGGAUACUCUAUACACUCAGAAGAUUGAACGAGCUCAAUUUCUUGAGUGGCUGCAGGAUCACUAUCUAGAUCACCAAAAUCGAGGAAUUGGUUGGCGUAUAUCUUCACCUUAGAAGGUGCACUCUCUCCUGGCCCAGCUUUGAAUAGUAUAGACUUUAGUUUAACACUCGCGGUAAAUGGAAUCCUAAGUAAAAGCUGUUCAUCAGCGUCACUUUGUAUGAAUAGCGUGGUGUCAUCUUUAUCAAUCCAUUCCUUUAUGACGUCUUUUCCUGUGGCACCCUCGUCUUCGUCGAUAUUAAGCGCUGUGACAUUUGGUUUGUCGAUAACUUGGUAAAGGAAAUCAUGAUCUACGCCGCUUGAAGGGUGUGGAUCGUGUGUAUGGUUUGGCUGCUCUAUGUGAGAAUAGGGUUCAAUAUUAUCUGAUACUCACAUCACUGCAACUGUCGCUACACGUCAUUGAAAAGUAAAAAGAACUUACGUAAUGUUUUUUCAAUCUGAACAUCCAUCAUGCCAUCAGUUAACAACAUCAGCUCAACAUACAGACUUGCAUCAGGACAUGAGAUACCUGCAUUUCAACUAGGUGUCUAUAAGAGUUCAUCUGAUGUUGCAAAGAACACUGUCACUUCAGCUCUCAAAGCCGGAUACAUUGGCGUCGAUACAGCUCAAUACUAUGCCAACGAAGUUCAGGUCGGAGAAGCUAUCCGUGAAGCAGGAAAACAAGCUGGGGACGUGUUUGUCACAACAAAGGUCAUGGAAUCUGCUGGUGACGUUGAUGCGAACUACAAGAGGUGUUUGGAGUCAAUCGAAAAAAUUGGUCUCGGAUAUGUAGAUCUGUUCUUGAUACACUCUCCACGUCAAGCCAAUGGUGCAACUGAUCGUAAGAGCCUCUGGCAGGCUCUCGAGCGUCUAGCAAAGGAAGGACGUGCAAAGUCUAUCGGUGUCUCAAACUAUGGUGUAAAACACAUCGAAGAACUUAAGAAAUAUGCAAGUGUGCCUGUAAGCGUCAACCAGAUUGAGCUUCAUCCAUUCCAUCAGCAGCGCGCUAUUGUUGAGUAUUGUCAGAAGAAUGAUAUCAUCUUGGAAGCAUACUGUCCUAUCAUUCGCGGACAGAAGAAGGAUGACCCUACUAUCGUAAAGAUAUCUGAAGAGACUAACAAAAACUGGGCACAAGUACUUAUUAGAUGGUCUAUUCAGCGCGGUUUCGUCACUCUUCCAAAAUCUGACAACCCUGAGAGACAAAAGAGCAAUGCUGACAUAUUCAAUUUCGAGCUCAGUACCGAUCAAAUGGCUCGUUUGGAUGGAUUAGAAGCUGGACAUCAUGUUGCACCAUGUCCAGUCGAUUGCGAUUAAGGAUGUAACAAAGUAAAUGUAAAUAUUUGAGAUAUAUAAUGUCAUUUCAUGCAAUUAUGUUAUCGCAUGUGUUGACACUAUUUGAAGUGC